AUGGAUUUACUACGUAUUUUGGAUACGAAACCAAUACCCACAAUUGUCGAUGCCACUACCUUGGGCAUAUCAGGCAACACCUCCGGUGAUUAUUGGCUACCAACUACAAUGUCGCUUUACCAAAAGGAGCUUACAGAUCAGAUAGUAUCACUACACUAUUCUGACAUUUUGAGAUAUUUUGAAACUUCGCAUUAUAAAGAGGAUGUCAUCCUCGAGUCUAUGCGGACUAUGUGUCUGAAUGGUUCACUGGUAGCAACCCAUCCGUACUUAUUGAUAGACCAUUAUAUGCCUAAAUCAUUAAUCACUAGAGAUGUUCCUGCACAUUUGGCAGAGAGUGGUGGGAAGUUCAACGUUUUGAGAGAUCUUAUAAACCUUGUUCAAGAAUAUGAAACCGAGACGGCCAUUGUCUGCAGGCCAGGAAGAACAAUGGAUUUGUUGGAGGCUUUACUUCUGGGGAACAAGGUACAUAUUAAAAGAUACGAUGGUCAUUCCAUCAAGUCAAAGCAGAAGCCUAAUGAUUUUUCAUGUACUGUUCAUUUAUUUCCUUCUGAAGGUUUGAAAUUGGUACAGCAUCCGAUAAAAUCUAAGGCUCGGUUUGAUAUGCUGAUCUGUUUAGACACCACGGUGGACACAACUCAUAAAGAUAUCCAAUACAUCUUACAAUAUAAGAGAGAGAAGAAAGGUCUUGAAAAGUAUGCUCCGAUUGUUAGAUUAGUAGCCAUUAAUUCGAUUGACCAUUGUACUUUAUUUUUCGGUAAAAAAUUCGAUAAGAAUAGUAGAGAAUACUUGGAGAAUGUCACUGCAGCUAUGGUAAUCCUGAGGGACCGUUUAGGUACGCUACCACCGGAUUUGAGACCUAUUUAUUCACAAAAAUUACAUUACUUGGUAGACUGGUUAGAAACCCCAACAGUACCGUGGCCCUUACCAGAUAUUUACCCAUUAAAGCAAUACACCUCGAUGGAUGUAGAAAGAUCUUUGUUAACAGAAGUUCAUUUCAAAAAAUCAGAUGACCAACUAGAAGAUGCCUUUGCUAACUAUUCAAAAAAAAGAGGGCGUUGUGGGCCUAAUAAAUCAUCAUCGCCUAAUGCUGUUGGAAUCGAGGAUACUGACGCUCCAUGUUUCUAUUCCACCAAAAGAUUGAAGAAUGAUUAUUACACAAAUCCAUUGAAACAAGAUAUGACUCAAUUAACAGGUAUCACCACUGCUGACAACUCCUCUGGUGUAAAUUAUCAUUUAUCGAGUGGAAUUAUAACACAUAAAUUGAUCCAGUCAAUGGGGGAAAUAUAUAUGGAUAUUUGCUUGCAAAAACAAGAGCUAAACGACUACUCGUGUCUGAACGCUUUACAAGAUGAUCAUUUACAAUUCUUCUCGAACAAAGAUGAAAAAAUCGUUGAAGAAUAUGAUGGGGCAGUACGAACGAAUGGUGAAAACUUAAAAAAGUCCCACGAACUAGAAGUUGGAAGCAGCUCUAAGUUAUCCCAAAUUGAAACAUUAGAGAAAGAAGUUGAAAUUCUGAAGAAAAAUUUAGCGGCUCAAGGUGAAAGAUUCGCCAAAUUAGAAGAAUUAUUCAUUAAAACUAUUAAUCUACAAGAUGAGAUCGAGAAGGAAGACAGAAUAAAUAAAUCAAAAGAUACUGAAAGGGAAUAUAUGGAACAAGAAAUUAAAAGAGCAGGUGAUGUUAUAAGAGAAAAUGGCGAAGAGACAAGCAAGCUUGGUAAUAAGAGAAGAGAAUUAGAAAAUGAACUGAAAUUGAAACUUGGAGACGCUGAGACUAUCAAGGAAGAAGUGCGGGAGAAGAUUUCCCUUCUAAAAGGGGAAAUUAAGCUUGAAAAUGAUUUGAAUAAAGAGUUAGUAGAACAACUGUCCAAGACAAUGGAAAAUUUAGAAAAUUUAUCAAUAUCAAGAGUACGUACUCAGAAUGGUAAUAUGAAGAAAAAACCCAAAACGAAAAACCAGGUAGUAUAUAAGUAA